CGCUUCAAUAUUACGUAUCAAUGUCUUUGAGAACGAUUCUUCUCAUAGCUGCGAUUACUCAAUUAUCUGAAAUCUCAUGGAUAUAUUAUUAGAAGAGUUUAAUUGUGUACGUAGUUUUAACAUUUUUGUAUGUCGAGUUUUUUAUACCUGUAUUGAUUGGAUCAAAAGUCAAAAGCGGAGCUGACUAGCGUACUUAUUAUACUUAUUACUUAGAUACUCUGCACCAAUUUUGAACAUAUAUUAGCAAAGAGACGCUAAUAUCAUAUUCUAGAACUGGUGCUGCACUAGAACUGAACCAGUUCCUGUGAGAACUGAUGAGUGUAAGAGUGUAAUUUAGCAAUAAAGAACGGUUUAGUGUACGAACAACAUGGCGCGUUACAGUGAUUCGGUUAUUCUAGAAUUAUUGGAUUCUUCAGAUGAAGAUGAAGAUAUAAGACCACCAUUAGAUCCACUAAUGUUAGUUAACGAUAACAAUGAACAUAAUGAAUUACGAGUGUUUCAUCCAUUGUUUGGACUUGUGCAAAGAUUGCAGCACAUAAAAGUACAAAAUUAUAUAGAGAACAUUGUUUAUAAUUAUGACGACAAAGAUUUUAUUAUGCAUUUUCGACUUUCAAGACUAAUAGUGUAUGAAUUAAUCAAUAAAUUUAGAACAUCCAUUAUAUUUACUUCUAUAGAGGAUCGUGUAGAAAAUGUGAAAGUAUCAGCCGAAAAACACAUUUUAUGUUAUUUGUGGUUUGUUGGGCACGAAACUGGAUCGUACAGAGAUGUAGCAGACCGAUUUGGGAUUGCAUUAAGUACUUUAUACUAUAUCAUCACAAGAGUGACAGAGUUUAUUAUGUCCUUGGCACCACAGUUUAUAAGAUAUCUAACAGCAGUAGAGAAAGAAGAGACCUCAAAUUACUUUCGAGAGAAAGGAUUUCCUGGUAUAAUUGGUGCUAUAGAUGGUAGCCAUAUAAGGAUCGAUAAACCAGUGCUAGAUGCUGAUUCUUAUAUAAAUCGGAAGCAAUAUUUUUCCAUACACCUACAAGGAAUAGUUAACCAACAUUUAAAGUUUAUCGAUGUAUUUAUUGGUUACCCCGAUUCGGUACAUGAUGCUAGAGUUUUUAAAAAUUCUACAAUAUUUAAUGAUUUAUAUGCAGUUUGUGGAGAUAAUUACUUCUUGUUGGGGGAUAGUGCGUAUCCUUGUUUAUCCUAAUUGAUCGUCCCAUUUAAGGAUAAUGGACAUUUAACACGAGCUCAAAGAAGAUUUAACCAAAAAUUAAGUUCGUGCCGAGUUGUUGAAAACGCGUUUGGAUGCUUGAAACAGCGAUUUCGUCAAUUUUAUCAUUUUAAAUUAAGGAACAUUCCACGAAUGGUACGUGUAAUACAUGCAUGUGUGUGUUACACAAUAUGGCCAAUGUACAAGAUUUACAAGUGUUUGAAGCUCCUAUAAACUAUGAAGAAGCAGAUUUUGAUGCACAAAAGCAACAACAUAUUGAACAUAUUAACGAAGUACCAAGAGUACAAGAAACAGGCAUAGAUAAACGGAAUCAAUUAUGUGAUCUAUUAAAUCAUUGAAGAAUAUAUUAAGAAUGCUAAUGUGUUACUGUAAUUUUUAUUGUGUGAAUAAUUUUAACAUAUGUAGUAGAAUACACGUCAAUAAAUAUUUAAUAAUAAAUAUGCUUUAGAUACAUAAACGAAAUGUCUAUCAAUAAUGUCAACAAUGAAAUAGAUGUUUUUUAAUACAAAAC